UUUAUAUAUGAAGUAUUAGUUUACGAGGAUAGGGAGAUCCUGAAAGGCCCGCUGUUUAACUAUAUUUAUUUCCGUAUUAUAAUUAGAGCUUUGCCCGAAGUUAGCGAGAUUGAAGUAUAUGUAAACCCGGGAGCCGUUAAAAUAAUUAUCGGCCGGAAUUUUUUAUCGACCCUUAAGCAUUCGAUUUUAAUAAAGUACGUUAUUAAAAUUCGGGGAGUUAAUAGUAAAUCCCUGAAGUUUACCGAAUAG